CAGAAAUGUAGGGCAAGCCUUAAGCAGCAGCUUCCCGUUGUAGAUUAGUAUACAGACAUGUGUUCUUUAUGGAGAGACAAAGACAGGAAAGGCAAAGCACAUUGUAAGGUAGUCAGAGGCUGGGUUGAAAAAGAAGUGCGUCUUUGCCUUAAUCCAAGAAUCUGCUGGAUAUCUGCAUGACACUCCGAUUCCUAACAACAAUGCUGGGUUUGGAAUUCCUGUAUUAAUAUCAAUGGAUCUGGAAACCUCAAGUCUUGCCAGUGUCAUGUGCCGUGCCAGGGCAUGUCCAAGUGCUCUUAAUGACCUCUGGAAAUAAUCGAGUGAUUGAGAGGAACACAGAAUGGAGACGUUCAGCCGCAGGUUAGCAGUGGUGAUAGUCGUGACAGUGCUGCUUUUCUGGAAGAGCGGAGGAUGUUCUGGGUUGGUGUGUCGUGGAAUCCUCUGGGUAGAGCCCACGCCAGUCUUUAGCAUGGGCUCCAGUGUUUCAGUCAUCUGCACUUCAUCCAUUGAGAACUGUCACCCUGAAAAGUUUUCAGUGUAUCUCAAUAACAAUCCACAGCCCUCUCUUCACCACCUGAACCAUUCUGCUGUGGAGCUUCAGCUUCACCACGUCACCAUACCCCACUCAUCCAUUCGCUGUCACGUCAAAUGCAAAGGACAACGGGGGCAGCAGAUGGUUUGUGGAAAGGAUAUUAAAGGAGGAUAUCCUCCAGAUAAACCUACAAAUCUUACAUGUGUUAGUAAAUGGAAGUCAAAUAAGAUCAAUUGCACCUGGAAGAAAGGAAUAGACACCUAUAUAAAUACCAGCUACAUUGUGGAAUUCCAAAGUAGUGGGAGAAUUCAGAUGUUUUCUCCUCAAAGGGAGGGAUAUGUUCCGAUCCCUCUCUCUCACUUUGAGAUGGACGCGGAGUACAAUGUCUCUGUACAUGCCAAAAAUCACCUGGGACAAUCGCAGUCGGCUAUAAUACAACUAACAAUUAAUGACGUAGUAAUACCCGACACCCCCACAAUCACCAAUAUUACUUUUGUCAAUAGCUCCCACAAAAAGGCUGUCCUUCAAUGGAACAAAUCAGAGCAGCUUUGUGCUGAGGUUAGAUACAGAGCAACUGUCACUGACUGGAAUAUGGUUGAAGAAAAAGAGACUUCUUGUGAAAACAGCACAUUUGAACUACGUGGCUUGAAGCCCUUCACUCAGUAUGAGUUUCAGAUCCGCGGCUGCAAACCAAAUAAGAAACUGAGGUGCAGUGACUGGAGCCCGUCUUUCCUGGAGAGGACGCCAGAAGCAGAGCCUUGUAGAAGAGUGGACGUGUGGAGAAUAAUGGGCCCGACUCAUGGCAAUGGAAGCCAGACUGUAACCAUACUCUGGAAGCCUCUUGCUCCCAAAUAUUCCAGAGGGAUUAUUUUGGGAUACAAGGUAUUUUACAGAGAGUAUGGAAAGCAACUCCAUAGCCACGUGUGUCAACCGAAAGACACCCAGUACCAGAUUACACUACCGAAACACACAAAGACACUUUAUAUCACCGCGCUCAACUCAAAGGGCAGUUCGGAGGCUGCUCAGGUUAGCAUUGGCCAGAAAGAAUUUCCACCACCCAUUAUUACUAAAUUGACAUCAGCAGAUAGUUUGGGAAUUUUGUUGGCAUGGAAACCACCCAGCCAGACAAAGGGAUCAAUCCUCUGGUACAUAGCAGAGUGGCACAGGCAUGAUGGAAACAUGUGGUGGAAAAAAGUUACUUGCUUGCAGAACUCCACACACAUUGAAGCUAAGGUCUCAGGAUCUCGUUACCACAUUUCAUUGUAUGCAAUUUAUUCAAAUGGAGAAAGUAAACCAGCAACAGCUGAAGCAUAUUCCAAGGAGUUGGAACCAAUAGCCGGUCCAAAGGUUUCAGUUGUAGAAACUCAAAAGAAGCGAGCACUUAUCAAGUGGGAAGACAUUCCUGUACAUCUUCAGAGAGGAUUUAUCAAAACCUACACGAUAUACCUGAAGAAAGGCAUUGAUGAAAAGCAGGUUAGAAAUGUUUCAGUUGCAUUAAGGCAGUACUGGCUGGAGAGUCUGGAGCCAGUGGUGCUGUACACUGUUUACAUGACAGCGUGGAAUUCCGCUGGGAAAGGAGCAAAGGGGGAGGAGAUCAUCCUCAAACUGGCAGACGGCUAUGAUGUCACCAUUCUGGCGGUUAUUGUUGUAGCGGUAACCUUCUCAAUAGCCAUUCUACUAAUUGUGAUGUUUUGCAAUUCUAUCAGACACAGAAUCAAGAGAAUAUGUAUCUUAUGGGUACCAAAAUGGGUUUUUGAAGAAUUCCCUAGAGUUGAGAACAGUAGUGUGGUGAAGCUAUUGCAGGAGAAAUACAGGACUGACUCAGACUCUUCGUGGCUGUCCUUACACAGCGACCCUCCAAUAACAGAAGUGGAGGAAACAAUCUUCUUCUCAGAAGAGGUGGCUUCAUUGCCUUCUCUCCUUGGUGAAGACACGCUUGCAGAGAGAACAGAAUGGCAAUGCGCAGGAAAGCCGGAGGCUGACGACACUCCUAGCACACAUCGUGGAUACCAACCGCAGGUAUCAAACCAGGAAGAAGAUCAUUUACUUGACAGUGUAGAAACCUCUCAGGUUGAAUUACUCGAUUCAAGUUCUCCAGCAGAAUGUGGUAUAUUUACAAUGCUGCUGAACGGGACUUUUGACAUUUCAAGCAGGAGUUUGCUUCCAGGUGGAGAUAUAAAUGUGACCUUCGGUGGCAAUGCACAAAUCAUCGACUUAACCAGUUUCCGUGGGAAGAGAGAGAGGGUAGAGUUUAAUGAGAUGCAUGACUUUUCAAUAGAAGGCUCAGACCAGGGUCAAACUUUGCUGCCAGAUGCACUGGUGGACUGUCUGAGACAUUCAGAGGAACCUGUUGCUGUGAACUCUUAUUUCCCUCAACUUGUUGUUCAUCCGGUUACAGAAGGAGACUGCUGAGGGGUUUGCAGAGAAGCUGCUAUUCACACAAACAAUGAAGCAUGGACUAUAUAUCUGCUGCAACUCAUAACUGACUGAUACUGUAACUAACCAAAAGAGGUCAAAGGACUCUGGAAAUAUACAGUUCAUCUAAACACUGAUAAAAUAAAGAAAGAGAAAAGCCAAUCACUGCAGAAAAAGCUACAGUUACUGCACAAGACCUCCCAUAUUUCACUACCUGAUUUGCACAUCACAAAACAGUGGAUUAGUAAAGUAAAGGAUCCUUACAUAGUUGUAUAUGUUUUGAAUCGGGGAAUAACAAUCUUUUGUCAGUUGCAGAUGUUUUGCAGGCAGUUUGACUUUUAAGCAUUAAUUGUGAAUUUUACACUAAGUAGAAUAUUAUGUUAGAAUAAUUACAUAACAUUCAGUUAUUUCAUGAGACAAUAAUGUUGUCUCUACUUAUUAUAUAUCAAGGUUUAAUGUUUAUAAAAUACACCCAGAGUUUCUUUAUGCCUUUAACCCUGAAAAGGGGGGGUGUAUGAUUGCAUUUAUGUGAUAUUGUUUAUUAAUAUGAUAAUGAGGUUGUAUUCUCUGUAAUAGUUGCUCUAUUUUCAUAUAUGUAUGUUUUUAUUCAAAUUGAUAUGUAACCAGUGGCAGCUGGUGGCCAAAAAAAUGGGGAGGCAGAAAAUAAGGCAGAGGGCUUGGGGGUCCCUUUAAGCCCCCAGCAGCAGUAGAAUCAUAUUCUUAUAUUCUGACUGACCACAUUUUUCAUAACUUCUUAACAUUUUACCCCAAAUAAAGCAGUAGCCCAUCAUAUUUUAUUCUAAUAAACUUAACUGUUA